CCAGGAUGCGCUCGUUCCUGCCUCAAUGCGCCGGCCCCGCCCUCCGCCGCCACACUUCCGGCGGGGCUGCGACCACAGAGGGGCGCGGGCGAGCGGGCAGCCGGCCGCUGAGGGUGGCGGGAUAGGCUGGGCGCGGCCGGCGCUUCGGACCCGCUACUGCUGUCCGGGUCUCUGUGGUCCUGAGGGCCCUCCGUGCCGCCGGCGCUAUGGGCAAUUGCCACACAGUGGGGCCCAACGAGGCGCUGGUGGUUUCAGUGCUGAGUUUUUCAGCCUGCGUGCAGAUUUGGUAGAAGUGGCUACAGAAGAAAUAGAAGGAGGUAGAAGCCCUGAGCCAGGCCUUAUAGCUGCCAUCCCUUGGAAAGGGGGCUGUUGUGGUUCCGACUAUAAACAGUACGUGUUUGGCGGCUGGGCCUGGGCCUGGUGGUGUAUCUCCGACACUCAGAGACUGUCUCUGGAGGUUAUGACCAUCCUGUGUCGCUGUGAGAAUAUUGAGACGUCGGAGGGGGUUCCACUAUUCGUAACAGGGGUUGCACAGGUGAAGAUCAUGACAGAGAAGGAACUCCUGGCCGUGGCUUGUGAGCAAUUCCUGGGUAAGAAUGUGCAGGACAUCAAAAACGUCGUCCUGCAGACCCUGGAGGGACAUCUGCGCUCCAUCCUCGGGACUCUGACAGUAGAGCAGAUUUAUCAGGACCGGGACCAGUUUGCCAAGCUGGUGCGGGAGGUGGCAGCCCCUGACGUUGGCCGCAUGGGCAUUGAGAUCCUCAGCUUCACCAUCAAGGACGUGUAUGAUAAAGUGGACUAUCUGAGCUCCCUGGGCAAGACACAGACUGCUGUGGUACAGAGAGAUGCUGACAUUGGUGUGGCCGAGGCUGAACGGGACGCAGGCAUCCGGGAAGCUGAGUGCAAGAAGGAGAUGCUAGAUGUAAAGUUCAUGGCAGACACAAAGAUCGCCGACUCUAAGCGAGCCUUUGAGCUGCAAAAGUCGGCCUUCAGUGAGGAGGUUAACAUCAAGACAGCUGAGGCCCAGUUGGCCUACGAGCUGCAGGGGGCCCGUGAGCAGCAGAAGAUCCGGCAGGAAGAGAUUGAGAUUGAGGUUGUGCAGCGCAAGAAGCAGAUUGACGUGGAGGCGCAGGAGAUCCUGCGCACGGACAAGGAGCUCAUUGCUACGGUGCGCCGGCCCGCUGAGGCCGAGGCCCACCGGAUCCAGCAGAUCGCCGAGGGUGAAAAGGUGAAGCAGGUCCUCUUGGCACAGGCAGAGGCUGAGAAGAUCCGCAAAAUCGGGGAGGCGGAGGCAGCAGUCAUUGAGGCGAUGGGCAAGGCGGAGGCUGAGCGGAUGAAGCUCAAGGCAGAAGCCUACCAGAAAUACGGGGAUGCAGCCAAGAUGGCCUUGGUGCUGGAGGCCCUGCCCCAGAUUGCUGCCAAAAUCGCCGCUCCACUUACCAAAGUCGAUGAGAUUGUGGUCCUCAGUGGGGACAACAGCAAGGUCACAUCAGAAGUGAACCGACUGCUGGCCGAGCUGCCUGCCUCUGUGCAUGCCCUCACGGGCGUGGACCUAUCUAAGAUACCCCUGAUCAAGAAGGCCACCGGUGUCCAAGUAUGAGGCUCCUGCAGGCCCACUCUCUUCGGCAGCCACCCAGUCCUCCCUUCAGCACCCGUUUUAAUCCCACAGGAACAACGGGAAUGUUACUGACUCUGGUGCCUUAUCUUGAAGGGACCAGAAGUGCUGUGUGUUCAGGCCAUCUCUGGCUGUCUUCCUAUCUCUCCUGUCUCUGUCCACCUCCUCCUCUUCCUCUCCUUUACCCCACGUUCACUGCCACUUUCAUCAGGUUUGUCUCAUCUCCCUGUGUGUCUUCCUUUGUCUUUUUCUUUCCCCCCAUGCACAUCAUGUAGUAUAAGCUGAAGAUGUUUAUUACAAUUACUCUCUGUCUAUGGGGGGUGGCCCCACUGCUCCUCAGAAUCCUGGUGCCUUGAAGUUCUCUGUGUAUCUGUCCGUCCUCCCUAUGGCCCUGGCCAGAACUCAGCAUGGGCAGGGGUUCUGGGUAGGACGGUCACUGUCCCCUCUCCUGGACUGGUCUUCCCAGCCCUAAACCCUGCCCCAGGAAGCCCACAACCUCACCUGCUGCUGCCCCUCUAGGCCUGGGCAGCCAUGGCCUGUAGGGUCCAGAGCCACUGUCCUUCCCCUCAUCUGCCCCAGGCCCCGGCUGGCACUCAUACCCUGUACUCUCUCCCCCACCCUAAGGGCACAGAGGCAAGGCCUCCUGCCUACAGCAGCUUCCUCAGUUUCUUACUGCCUUAGGAGGCCCCUGCUUGUGCUCAGGGAAGGACUCUUCAUGGGCAUGUUCCUGCUGGGGCAGUGGGGCUUGGUUCCAACUCUGCUAAGUUUUCUGAGAUCAGGGUCCAGCCCUGUUGGGGACAGAAAAGUAUGUAGACCUUCCUGCUAGGGCUGCAGUGUCCUGGGUUUUGGGCCCUUCCAGUGGGCAAGGCUGUGCCAACCCUGUAAAGAAUCAAGUGCUGUAGCCUGGCCAGACCCCAGAGCCCUUGUGCUAUCUUUCUGCCUGGCCAGAGUGAUAGGAUUCCAGUCAUGAGGAAGCAGCCCAAUCCUCUGCCUCCUUGCUCCAAUGGAGUCAGAAGAGCCCAGGACACAAGCGUCCUGGCAGGGGUGCUGUGGGUGUCCAGUGGUCCCGGCUCCCCACCCUGGCUCUGCCCCAGCCUGUGUAGCUCUUCCUGCAUGUGGAUGCUGCAUGUCUGGUCUGGGGCUUGGAUGUUGCACUGCCCCACUGCCUGUCCCUUCUGGUAAAAUAAAGAUCUCUUAAUGCCCA